AUGCACGGCCUCAGCUCCCGGCUGUCCCAGCGCUGGGUUCGGCCGCAGCUGCGCGGUGCCACCGGGCUCAUCGCCACGGCCGAGCCUGGCACCGACACCAGCCACGCCGGGGGCGCCGCCACCCCCCGCAGCUGGACGCUGGACCCCUCUGGAGACUGGUAUUACUGGUGGAUCAGCGUCAUGGCGCUGCCCGUCCUCUACAACUGGAUCGUCAUCGUCUGCAGGUCCUGCUUCCCGGCCCUGCAGGAGCAGCACGCGGGGCUGUGGCUCGGCCUGGACGCUCUCAGCGAUGCGUUCUACCUGCUGGACAUGGCCGUGCGCCUCCACACCGCCUUCCUGGAGGAUGGAAUCCUGGUGCGGGACCGCGGCCGCAUCCGGCGGCGCUACCUGCGCUCCUGGUGCUUCCCCUGGGACAUGGCGGCGGUGCUGCCCACCGACCUGCUCUACCUGCGCCUGGGGCCGGCGACGCCGGCGGUGCGCGCCAACCGCUGCCUGCGGGCGCCGCGGCUCUUCGAGGCCUUCGACCGCCGGGAGACGCGCACGGGUCACCCCAACGCCUUCCGCGUGGCCAAGCUGAUGCUCUACGUCUUCGUGGCCAUCCACUGGUACGGCUGCCUCUACUUCGCCCUCUCGGCCCGCCUGGGGCUGGGCACCGACGCUUGGGUCUGCCCCAACGCCAGCCACCCCGGCUUCUCCCGCCCGCUGCGGCAGUACCUCCACAGCUUCUACUUCUCCACCCUCGUCCUGGCCACCGUGGGCGACACGCCGGAGCCGCGGCGCGAGGAGGAGUUCCUCUUCGUCACCGCCGGCUUCCUCCUGGCCGUGCUGGGCUUCGCCACCAUCACGGGCAGCAUCGGCUCCGUCAUCUCCAACAUGAACGCGGCCGACGCCGUCUUCUACCCCGAUCCGGAGCCGGUGCGGUGCUACCUGCGCUCGCGGGGGGCGGGGGGCCGGCUGGCGCGACGGGUGGCCAGCUGGCACCAGCACCUGCGGGCGCAGCGCAAGCUGCCGGCGGAGCGGGCGGUGCUGCAGCACCUGCCGCGGGGGCUGCGGGCCGAGGUGGCGGCCGGCGUCCACCUGCCGGCCUUGCGCCGCGUCGGCCUCUUCCAGAGCUGGGAGCGGGGCGUCCUGCGGCAGCUGGUGCUGCGCCUGCGCCCCCAGGUCUUCGGCCCCGGCGAGUUCGUCUGCCGCCGCGGCGACGUGGGGCGCGAGAUGUACUUCGUCCGCGAGGGCCGGCUGGCCGUGCUGGCCGAGGACGGCGUCACGCAGCUCGCCGUCCUGGGCGAGGGGCUCUACUUCGGGGAGAUCAGCCUCAUCAACAUCAAAGGGAACACCUCGGGGAACCGGCGCACGGCCAACAUCAUGAGCAUCGGCUACUCCGACCUCUUCUGCCUCUCCAAGGAGGACUUGGCGGAGGUGCUGGCCGAGUUCCCCAGCGCCCGGGCCAUGAUGGAGGCCAAGGGCCGCCAGCUGCUGCUCAGCAUGGGCAAGCUGGACGUGCACGCCGAGGCGGCGGCGGAGGCGGCGGCGGCGGAGGCCGAGCGGCGGGUGCAGGGCCUGGAGCGGGCCCUGGAGGAGCUGCAGAGGCGGGCGGCACGGCUGCUGGCGCAGCUGGAGUCCGGCGCCUUCAAGCUGGAGUUGCGCGUCCAGCGCCUCGAGGGGCGGCUCCGGCGGCGGCCGCGGCGGGACGGGGCAGCGGGGCCUGACGGGGCACAGGGUCCCACCGGGGCACAAAGUCCCGCCAGGGUGCCGGGUCCCCCCGAGGUGCAGGGUCCCAGCGGGGUGCAGGGUCCCACGAUGCCACAGGGUCCUUCCCGGGGACAAGGUCCUGCUGGAGGAUGGGGUCCCACUGGGGUGCAGGGUCCUACCAGGGUGCAGGGUCCCCCUGGUGCACAAGGUCCCACUGGGGCACAGGGUCCUGCUGGAGGAUGGGGUCCCACCAGGGUGCAGGGUCUCAGCGGGGUGCAAGGUCCCACCAGGGUGCAGGGUCCCAUCAGUGCUCAAGGUCCCAGUGGGAUACAGGGUCCCAGUGGGGCACAACGUACCCCCAGGUCACAGGGUCCCACCAGGGUGCAGGGUCCCACCAGGGCACAUGGUCCCAGGGCACCCGCGGAGAGCAGCCACGGGCGCCGGCACCGCUCGGUGACAGCCCCCCGGUGA